ACAAGCUAUCAGGCUAAAUCAUCCUGCAAAGUCAAAGUCCACUUGGCUAGCAUCACAACACCUUAUUGUCAAAAUGAUAUUCUCCACCAGCUGUGACUCAGUAUCAUCAGUUUACUUUGAACGGUCAAACAGAGUCAGAAAAGACUGUAAACAACUGACACUUAGGUGACAGGCAAAAGACCUCAACCGCAGAUCAUAAUGGAAACAACAGCCUCCCUGUUCAAGUCAGUGUCUCGGCGGGUAUGGUCGCCCCCUCAGCGUCCAUUCAGAGUGUGUUCCUGGAACAGAGAGGUCAAAAAAGGAGUCACUGCUGGAACUCUAGAGGAGCUCAUAGAGAAGGCAGCCCAGGCUCUCUUUAUAUCUACUGUGCUGACUUUGGUGUGUGAAGAGGAUGGGACAGAGGUUGACUCAGAAGAGUUCCUCUUAGCUCUGCCGGACAACACUGUUUUCAUGGCCCUGACACCCGGAGAGACCUGGAAACCUCAUCCUCUACGUCAAAGGGGUGGAAACAACCCAGGUGAGAGUAAACCAAGGACAGGAAAAGACAUUGCUCAAAUCACCUUUGAUCUUUACCGUACGCACCCCAAAGACGUAUUCGGCUCACUAAAUGUGAAAGCCACAUUCCAAGGGCUCUACUCUGUCAGUGCAGAUUUUCAAUGCUUGGGGCCAAAGAAAUUCCUGAGGGAGGCCCUCAGAGUCAUGUCCACUCUACUCCAUGCUGCUGGACACUUAUUGAUCUCAUCUGCUGCUGUAAUUCGCCGUAUUAUCCACGGGGCAGAUCUUCUUCAAGCCCAGCAUGGCAAACCUAUUGAGUAUUGGGAAUAACUGGCGUAUAAGGAAUAACCAGAGAUGUAACUGAGGGAUGUUUUUUCUAAAAUGUUUCCUAGAUAGGUUUAUACGGUAACACUAAGGUUCAUUUUAACAUUAAUGCAUUAGGUAUAAUGAAUGAACAACAAUUAAUCUAGGCAAAUGUUAAUUUACACACCACACUUCAAAUGUUUGGGUUCAAUGUAAUUUAUUCCACUGAUGGUAAAGCUGAAUUUUUAGUAGCCAUACUCCAGUCUCGAACAUUACAAAUCAUUUUUAGAAAUCAUUCUAAUAUGCUGAUUUGGUGCGCAAGAAAUAUUUCUUAUUAUUAGCAAUGUUGAAACUUCUGUAGAAAGUUCAAAAGAACAGCAUUUAUUUGUUAGUUGAUACCUAAUGCAUUAAUUUAUGUUAAUGGACUUUAUUGUAAAUUGUGAAGUUAUGCUUUGCUGGUUUAAUGGAAGAUUGCUCCAGGAAAAUGCUUGUUUCUAUGAAAACUGCCCUUAAGGAGUGAGUUUUUUUUGUUUUUUAUAUAUAUUCUUAGUCUAGGACUACCCAGUGUUACUUAUUCUAUGUGUUUGACCUUCUUUAUAAAUGUUUAUUUUAACUUUACCAAUACUUUAUUCAAUAUGUUUAUGUGAUAGACUACUGUAUAAUUUUAUCUUUCUCAUUUUGUAAGUCACUUUGGAUAAAAGCAUCAGCUAAAUGAAUAAAUGUACAAAUGUAAAUGUUAUGUAAAUAUGAAAUUGUCAUAAUGGUGAAUGCUUAGAAAAAAAAAUUAAAUUAAAUAUAAAAAUGUUUUAAGAUCAAUUUAUUAAGUAAAACCAAAUUGGUACAAAAAGCUUCAGCACAAAAAAGGACAGUCUCUCUAGUCAGCUUACUCAAUGCAUAGACUAAUAAACUCCAUAUUAACACUACUUAAGAUUUUAAUUAGUUUUCAAAUAAUGAUAAUUAAAAAAAAUUAAGUAAAAAAAAAAAAAAAAAA